CUUUUACAAAUACCAACUAGGGAGUACAGGAAGUGCGAACAAGAUUAACAACAAGAAGAUGGUACAAGACCUUCAUAUUACUCGACUAUUUACCAGCUUUUCAGUAGCUUUGCCAUGUCUGCCUGAUUAGACGAUGGCCACCACAUGCCAUUCAGGAUGGAUGCCAUGGAAUAUGUUUCCUCAUCAAAGAUGCCAGUUAGCCGAUUUCACCCUUAUCAUGGACAAAACAUAAGCCUAUCUCAAGACAACAUGGUGGCGUUUAGAGAAACAAGUUUUGCACAUGCUUUGACUUUUAGUGAAAAGCCAUUGAAACCAGGAGAAAUAUUUCUUGUUGAAAUCGAGAAAAACGAACGAGGAUGGAGUGGUCACCUACGAAUAGGCCUAACUCAGUUUAACCCGUGUCAGCGAUUUGAACUUCCUCAGUAUGCACUGCCGGACUUGGCAAAUAUGGGUAAAUCGUGGAUUUUUGCCGUGACAAAGACACACAACCGAGUCUACACUGACAACCCUGACGACCCCAACUCUCAGCCUUAUCAGUCUGUGUUGGGAUGCUCAGAGGUGAUACACACGCCCCUCGGCGCCAUCAGUCGCAGCAUGUUGCUGCCGCUGAACCGACUUCACCGAGGCAUCGGUGGUGACUGUAAUUGUGUAGCGGAGGACAAGUGUCGGAAUAGUAUACUGCCUACAGACGUGGGGAGCCGUAUAGGAAUCAUGUACAAAGUUAAGGACAGUUCAGCUGAUAUGCACUUUAUAAUUAAUGGCGAGGACCAGGGCCCAUCUGCUCGUGGGAUUCCUUUCCGGGAUGGACCAAUAUACGCUGUAGUCGAUGUGUAUGGUACAACCAAACAAGUUAGAAUUGUUCAGUUAUAUGGAGUGACCUCCCUCCAGAAUGCUUGUAGAGACCUUAUUCUCCAGAUGAUCCGGAAAGAAGAUGUCAGUCGAUUGCCUUUACCGCGAAAAAUAGUCCAGUUUCUGCGCUACGAGAUAUAAAAGCACAUGUGGUGUUUGAUGAUUGUAUAAGCAAUACUAUUUUCAUCCAACCCAAGAGGUUACAGAUGACCCAAGUGCUGUUGUUACUAUGGUUACCAUAAUCAUGUUAUGUUAUUGUAUUGGUCCUGGUUGUUUGGCUGUUGCAAUAUGUUGUUUUACCUUAAGCAAGACUGAGAAUAUCUGAUAUAUUGUGGCUGAAUGAAUGACUUCAUGUGUCCUGUCUCUCGUCAUUAAGUGUGUUCAAGGCCUGUCCAAUAGGUUCAGUUAAAUUAUUCUAUGAAUGAGAGAUGUAACGAUACGGCGAGGCAGCGAUACAAGAUACAUAUCCCCAUAAUAUGGGUGCGAUACGAUUUGUAUCCAAAUACAUUACUUUUCUUUCCCGAAGUUACUUUUUUCUUCCUUUUUGCAGGUUUUACACCUCCUUGAAUCAUUUCUUUUCAAAUUACCGACAGCAAAGAUGUAUAUUGUCGGGGAGAAACAUAUAAGCUUAGAGACACUGUGCAGAUUCUACUAUUCAUAGCCAACCAGGAGAUACUAGAGAAUCUGCACUGAUUUGUAAACUGAUUUUUCUCAUGUUUGUGUAUCAAUACAACUGGUAAUGAAUUGUAUGUUUUGUGAUACUGGAGUGGUAAAUCGAUGUAUUGUAUCGAGAGCCUUGUGUUGCGAUACAGUACUGUAUUCACGUAUCAUAACACCACUACUGAGAACUACUAGGAGGUUAAAUAAUUUCCUUCUAGUCACAAAAUAAGAUAAUAAAGAAUUGAUAAGGGGCAAUGAAUAACAAAUAUGAUUAGAACCAUUUCUGACAUGUAAAUGAGAACUUAGUUGAAAGAUGUUUUUAGUUGUUAUGAAUGGUUCGAGCAUUUGGGUACUUGCAUUUUUUGGACUUAUAAGAACAACAGAUCAGACCUAUGGUGAAGACUGUGUCAAACAGGCUAUCUAACUGAUUUCAUGGAGUGUUUUUCUAAUUUAUGAACAUAAGCAGGUCAUUGACCUAUGCUGAUUUUCUUGAGAGAGAUAGAAACUGUUAAUGUCACUUCACAUAUUUGGGUUAAAUUUUCGUUAUGAGUCACAGACUUGUUCAGUCAGAUUUUCUUGAAUUUUUUUGUAUGAUCGACCUAUUUUACUCUUUUAGUGUCUAUCUGAAGAUGUCAUAUGUCGAACAAAAGGAAAGUUGGUCACACAACCAUCAAACAUGGUUGAUAACUUACCCAAAAACUCAAAAAACCCACUUUCCUUAACUUUGUAAUAUCACCUGUACAAAAAGGGCACUAACUUAUACCAUGUUUAAGUUAUUUAUGAUGUAUGGAUUAAGAUUAUUAUAAGAAACUGCUUAUAUUUUAUUAUUUUGUCAGGUUUUGUAAACUCUCGAUGACUCCGGAUGGAUAGUGUUUGUUUAUUACAGUUGCAGAAUACUUUACGAGAUAGAAUAAUUACGAUAGUAAUAGUACCAUUUGAGGGGAUCAUCUGGAUUUUUGGAAUGUUUUAUAAUUUACAUUAAUCCCUAGAUCCCAAAUUCAGUCCAGACCAGCUGGAAUUUUACAAUCAAUGUUUUCUAGGAUGACAAUCGCUGUUCAGACAACUACUGCUGAAAACUGAAAAGGUUCUAUCAUAGAAUGCAUCCAUCUUGACAUGAAUCUUGAUAGGUUGUUUGGUACUAUAGUAUUUAUUUUAGUGCAGUAGGGUACUUUUAGACAUCUUGUAAUGGCGGAACUCUGUCCACCAAAGAACCAGGACCCUAGGUGGUGAAUGUUGAAGAAUUUCCAUGAAAUAUCUGUGCACUGUCCCUCUCCAAGUUGAAAGUGUCAAUGGUGUCACAAGUGAAAGGUUGUAAUUGAAAAAUUACAAAUGCAUAUAAAUAUC